CUACUCAGCAGUGGAAAUAGAUACCUCAUACGGACUGAUGAUAUGGUUGAGACGGUUUACAAUGACAAAGGAGAAAUUAUCAAAACCAAAGAACGACGACUUUUCAUGUUAAACGAUGUGCUGAUGUGUGCAACAGUAAAUAUUCGCUCUUCCUAUGAAAGUGGUGGCACCGUGACAACUGGCCAGAGGUAUUUAUUGAAGUGGAGUGUGCCGCUGGGACAAGUGGAAGUCAUAGAGUAUGGCAGCAGCGAGGGCCAAGGAGAGAACUGCAGGUUUCCACCCCAGCACUCUGCUGAAAAUGUCGUCAUUAACUCUAAGCCAAACAAGCUGUAUAUGGGACCAGGGCAACUGUACCAUGAUCUGCAGAACCUUUUACAUGACUUGAAUGUAGUUGGUCAAAUUAGUCAAUUAAUAUGCAGCCUUAAAGGAAACUAUCAGAACUUAAACCAAUCUGUAGCCCAUGACUGGACUUCAGGUUUACAAAAACUGAUUUUGAAAAAAGAAGAUGAAAUCAGAGCGGCAGAUCGCUGUAGAAUUCAGCUGCAACUCCCAGGAAAACAGGACAAGUCUGGGCGGCCCACUUUCUUUACAGCUGUGUUCAAUACAUUUACACCUGCCGUCAAACAGUCUUGGAUCAACAAUUUACAAAUGGCUAAACUGGCCCUUGCGGAGGAUAACCUAUUAGGUUGGUUCUGUGUAGAAGAUGAUGGGAAUCAAAUCAAAAAGGAGAAACAUCCUCUCCUUGUUAGACACAUGCCAGUGAUGAUGGCCAAGCAACAGGAGUUUAAGAUUGAAUGUGCUGCUUAUAAUCCUGAACCGUACCUCUCUGGUGAAACAGAGUCAGAUUCCUGUGCCAUGGAACAUGGUUUUCUUUGGAUUGGCAGUUGUACUAAUCAGAUGGGCCAGAUUGCAAUAGUCUCAUUUCAAAGCUCCGGCCCCAAGGUUAUUGAAUGUUUCAAUGUGGAAUCACGGAUUCUCUGCAUGGUCUACAUACCAGAGGAGGAGAAACUGAAAGAGCUAAAUAAGCCUCUCGACUCUGAAAAUGUUCUUGCAAAAGCUUCUAGUGUGCCUACUAUUUGCCUUGGCAUGGAAGAAGGAAGCAUUUCUAUUUACAAAAGUUGCCAAGGCUCAAAGAAAAUUCGACUUCAACACUUCUUCACUCCUGAAAAAUCAACUGUUAUGAGCUUAACAUAUAUGUCUCAAUACUUGUUCGCUGGCUUGGUAAAUGGAAACAUCUCAAUCUACACAAAAGCAGAAG